UCAGUUAAUUUUUAAACGUUCCCCUUACAGGUUGAGUUGUCCCUCAGUUAAAACAAUCGCUGUCAGCCGUCCAGCUUUCGCAAAUCGCAAGUCCCAACUUCUUCAGUGAAUACAAUUUUCUAAAUAUAUAUUUUGCAAGUCUUUCAUUGCUUUUUAUUCCAAAAAAAAAUCAUAAAAUAAAAAAUGUCUGCACCAGCACUUAAAGAUCUCCCAAAAGUCGCCACCGACCUUAAAAGUCAACUUGAAGGUUUCAAUACUGAUCAUUUGAAGAACGCUAACACUCAAGAGAAGGUGAUUCUCCCAAGUGCAGAAGAUGUUCAAGCUGAAAAAACUCAACAAAGUUUGUUUGCUGGGAUUGCUGCAUUCGACCCUACUAAGUUGAAGCAUGCCGAAACACAAGAGAAGAACCCUCUUCCAGACAAAACAGCUAUUGAACUCGAGAAAGAAAAGAACAACUUCAUUUCCGGAAUUGAAAACUUCGAUCCCGCAAAGUUGAAGCACACAGAGACAUGCGAAAAGAAUCCUCUGCCAACCAAAGAGGUCAUUGAAGAAGAAAAGAAGGCAUAAAUGGAAUGAUCAUCCAAUUCUAUUAUAAAGCUCUCUUUGUAUUUCUCAUGUCGAAAGUCUUGUAUUUAUUAUUUUGUAUUGGUAUUCAUACUAGAAUUUUAGCCACAAAAAAAUUAUAUGAAAAUAGUAUUAAUGCUUUUGUCAACUGAAAAAAAAAAUUAUGUAUUACUGUGUGGCAUGAAUUAUUAUCUCAGAAAAAUGUAUUCCAAUUGAAUAUUCAUGUAUUAAAAAAAUAUUCAAAGAAAACUUAUUUUUAUUAUUUUUAUUUUGUAAUCAAAACAUAAAAUUUAACUUAAAAGAGAAAAUAAAAAAUAAAAGAAUUUUAUAAUUUUUAUAAGAAAAAAAAAAUAUUAAAAAAACACUAUCGAAAGGAAAAUAUAUUCAAAUACAAACAAAACAAAUAUUUUUUUAUAAUAAAAUAACCAACAAGUUCAUACUAACUAUUUUAUAUACAAAAUGAAAAUAUUAUGAUUAAACAAAAAGGGAAAUGAAAUCAAACAAAAGUAGGGAAUACAAUAUUUCCUGCAUCCUACAACUCAUAUUCAAGUAACACCAUUACAAUAUUUCAUAAUAUUUUCUUUUCUUACAUCAAAAAAAGCAAACUGGAAUUGCAAUAAAAACACACCACAUUAAAAAAUGCAGAAGUGCAUUAAUUUAACAUUUUAACGUAGAAUAGUAAUGUUUUGUGGAUUAAAAGAACAAAUACAAGGUCAAUAGAAGAAGAAGCCAAACUAUAUCAAUAGAAUUUACUUGAAAUAAUAUCAUGUAGUCGUCUAUUUUCUCUGAAUACUAUUUUUACACCUUAUUUAUAUUGUCAGUGUGACAUUUCCGCAAAUCAUAAUAUUAUACUUAACAAUGUAAUUGAUAUUUGAUGUAAUAAAGAUUAAGCUUUUUUACUUUAUAUAA